UGGUUGGAGUGACAGAGAGGAGGACCAGUGAGCUGCACGGCUAAAGACUUAAGGAUUGAUAGGGCAGAAAUUGUUUGAACUGACAUGUAACGCUACACAGAUGGAUAUAGCAGUCGCGGUGGAUAUCGGAAAACGGCAAUUUGUUUAGAUAUGGUUUACUUUGUUUAUGUUUUACCCGUGGCGACCGAAACUUAAGCCAUGACAUAUUGAAGAAGGAUAGCCGUAGCUAGCUAACGAGCUAGCUCUGUAAAUAGGACCUUAUUUUUUUUAAUUAGCAACCAAACAGGCUAACAUUUUUGCAUUGCUCUAACGUCCCUUUCCUUGUUUUUGCAGUUAUCUUAAUCUGUAUUUAAGUAAAUUGUUUUGAAUGUAAUAGUUAAAAACUCUAAUGUGGCUUUCUAAUUAGGCACCGGUAGAAUUACCUUUCAAACUUAUUCUGGUAACACUAUUGAUAUACAGCUAGCAUGUAUUAUGGCUAACGUUACAAUAAUGUUAUAAGAUAGCUUCAGUUAGUGUUGACACUACCGGUAUGUUGUCAUUUAACUAGUGCAUGGACAAACACCUUUGCCUUGCCUACUUAACGUUUACCGUUACAUGUGAGGCGUGGUACGUAUAGCGACCUUAAUGUGACCGUAAACUGAGUAGCAUGCAGUGUGUGUUUCUGAUACUUUUUCGGGAUUCCAUUCCAUGCCCGGAAGAAUGGCUUUCUUGUUGAUAAGGCUACAUGGUGAUGCAUGAAAGGUGGACAUAUUCAAGAGGCAUAAAGCCUGUCCUCUUUGCGCCUUUGAGGACAUGUCAUUUCCAGCAGCAUGCAGCAUCAUCUUGAUGGCAGGAGCAGCAAUAGUGCCGAUGCCCCGAUGCCUAGCGGCGCCUCUACCUAUUCCUCUUUCCGAAUUUUGCCAGCUGUCGCCUUCGGAAUCGCAGCAGCCGUCCUCUUUCAGUUUGGAUAUGGGGGAAUCAGCGUUACGUCCUUUUUUCUGAAGCUGUUUAUUUAUGUAUCCUUUGCGUUGCUCUGUUUUCUUUUGGGAAGCAUCGCCCUGCUUGUGAAGAAGAGCCCUCCCAAAAUCAGCAAUUUUGACACAUCAAAGAGGCAAUCCUCUUACCUGUCGGAUUUCUUCAACAAAUUAAUGGCACGAUUCUCUGUGCCUAUAUUGGACUCCGCACAGACCAGGAGAGUGGUGGUGUCACACAAUGUGGAUAAAGCUCUCAAAGAAGUGUUCGACUACAGCUACAGGGACUACAUCCUGUCCUGGUAUGUGCCUCUCAGCCGGGACGAGGGACAGCUGUAUCAGAUGCUGUCGGAGGACUUCUGGGAGAUGACCAAGCAGCUCCGCUCCCGUCUGGCUGACGUGGACAUGGUCAACCUGGUCUGCAAUGACAUUGUCAAGGCCCUGCAUGCCCACUUCUGUGACCUCAAGGCAGCCAACACCAGACAGGAGGAGCUGGCGCGUGAGUUCCGUCUGCACCCGUGCCUGCGGGGGCCCGAGGAGGAGCAGCGUUUCCUGCGCUGCUGCGCUCGCCUGCUGCUGCUGUGUCUGCUGCCCACCCGCGACGCCCGCUCCCACAGCCUCCGUGCCGUGCUCGUCGAGAUCGUCGCCAACAAAGUGCUGAAGCCGAUGGUGGAGCUGCUGAGUGACCCAGACUACAUCAACCGCAUGCUACUGGCCCAGCUGGAGCAGCGCGAGCAGCUCAACGAGCACCACAAGAAGGCCUACACCUACGCGCCCUCCUACGAGGAGUUCAUUAAGCUCAUCAGCACCAGCUCCGACAUCGACUUCCUCAAACAGCUCAGGUACCAGAUUGUUGUGGAGAUCAUCCAAGCGACGACGCUCAGUAGCAUUCCACAGCUGAAGAAACAGAAAGACAGCAAAGGGAAGGAGGCGGCGGCCAUGAAGGCGGACCUGCUGCGGGCGCGCAACAUGAAGCGCUACAUCAACCAGCUGACCGUGGCCAAGAAGCAGUGCGAGAAGCGCAUCCGCCUCCUGGGCGGGCCUAACUACGAGCAGCAGGAGGACGGCGUCGGCGACGAAGCAGACGGACCGCAGAGCCAGAGGAUCCUGCAGUUUGAAGAGAUCAUGUCCAACAGCACGUUCCGAGAGCACUUCAGAGUCUACAUGGAGCGCGUGGACAAGAGGGCCCUCAUCAGCUUCUGGGAACUUGUGGAGACUCUGAAGACUGCAAAUAAGAAUGAGGUGGCCCAGCUGGUGGGGGAGAUCUACCAGAACUUCUUUGUGGAGAGCCGUGAGAUUCCUGUGGAGAAGGCCCUGCUCAAGGAGAUCCAGCAGACCACCGUGGGCAACAAGGGCACUGACGUGUUCCACAAGAUCCAGGCGGACGUGUACGAGACCAUGAAGGAGCGCUACUACCCCUCCUUCCUGGUCAGCGACCUCUACGAGCGGCUGAUCCGCCGCGAGGAGCAGCGCAGCAGCUCCCAGUCCAGCAGCGAGGACAAGGACGAUAGCAGCCAGGCCAUGGAGGGCACGGAGGAGGGGCUGGACGAGGGCAGCAAGGGCAUCAACGAGCAGGCCAACUACGCCGCCAACAAGCUGCGGCAGCUCUACGACAAGCUGGAGUACAAGCGCCAGGCCCUCGGCUCCAUCCAGAACGCACCAAAGCCAGACAAAAAGAUUGUGUUGAAGCUGAAGGAGGAGAUCGGGGCCAUGGAGAAGGAGCACAGCGACCUGCAGUUGCACAUCUCACGCACAGACCUGUGGUGUGAGAACCUGGGCACGUGGAGGGCUGUCGUCAGCGCUGCCGAGGCGUCUGAGGAGAACGGAGAACAGGUGCCCUUCUACUCGGUGGCCGUUAGCCUGCCUGAGGGCGAGGACACCAAGAGCAACCGCUGGACCGUCACCAGGAAGCUCCCAGAAUUCCAGGCCCUCCACAGGAAGCUCACCGAGUGUUUCCCCUCUUUGAAGAAGGUCCAGCUGCCGUCGCUGAGUAAACUGCCAUUCAAAUCCAUCGACCAAAAAUUCCUUGAGAAAUCCAAAAACCAGCUCAACGCCUUCUUACAGAAGAUGCUGAUGGACGAGCGCAUGUGCCAGAGCGAGGCGCUGUACGCCUUCCUCAGCCCCUCCCCCGAGCACCUCAAGGUCAUGGACAUCCAGAAGAAGUCCUCCUUCUCACUGGCCUCUUUCCUGGAGAGGCUGCCUGGCGACUUCUUCUCCCAUCAGGAGGAGGAGGCGGAGGACGACAGUGACCUCUGGGACUACGGCGACGAGGCCGACGGGAAGAAAGACGCCCUCGCCGAGCCAUGCUUUAUGCUCAUCGGAGAGAUCUUCGAACUCAGGGGCAUGUUCAAAUGGGUACGGAAGACACUAAUUGCACUAGUUCAAGUCACAUUUGGACGGACCAUCAACAAGCAGAUCAGAGACACGGUGAACUGGAUCUUCAGUGAGCAGAUGCUUGUUUACUACAUCAACAUUUUCCGGGACGCCUUCUGGCCCAACGGGAAGCUGGCGCCCCGUGCUGAGGCUCGCUCCGACUCGGAACGCCGCGAGACCAAGGAGAGGGCCCAGCAGAAGCUGCUGGAUAAUAUCCCAGAUGCACUACAGAAUCUUGUGGGACAGCAGAACGCCAGAUACGGCAUCAUCAAAAUCUUCAAUGCACUUCAGGAAGCCAGUGCCAACAAACAUCUUCUCUAUAUCCUUCUUGAGAUGCUUCUCAAAGAACUCUGUCCUGAGCUAAACGGAGAAAAGGACCACGUCUAGUAAAACACUCAAACACAAAUACUGAAGCUUAAACAAUGAAGAAACACACACACACACACACACACGCACACACACACACAUACCCAGGUUGACCUGCAGUUCUCUGUGACUGGAUGACUGCUUUUAGUUCUUGUUCUUUCUCUUUCUAUCUGUCCGGUCCGUUGACCAAUAGUGCUCAUUUAGUGGGCUCUGUUUAUAUCUUCACUUCAGAUCUCUCUUUUAGUUCUGCUGAGGAUGGACAGGUUUGACUUUGCUUGUCUGUUUGUGUAUGGAGAGUUUCUUUUUUUAAACCAAGGGGAAGGUCUUAUGACAUGUGAAUAGCUGUGAAUUGAGUGUUGUGUCGGUAAACACAAAAAAAGGUAAACAAAUAAAUACAUAAUAACACAACAGUAACCAUGGACCUCAUACAAACCCCUAUCUACAGUACAGUACAGUCAUUCUGAAGGCUUUUUAUCGUGCAAUAUGUCAUGUCAAGUUAUUAUUGUGACAAUUUUAUUUGUGAUAUUAUGAUAGAUUUUUAUUUUUACCAAAACUAGUUUAGAGCAUUUGUAAGCAAUAAAAUGCAAAACUUA